GCUGGCGUCUUCCCUGAGCGGGGCGGCCUUCCGGGAGCAUGAUCUGCACUCUCCUGAGAGCUGUGCGGUGCACGGAGAGGCUGCAUGGGUGCCCCGGGAAGCCAUGGUUUCUGCCACACGCCGUGCCUCACAGAGCUUGCUCGCAGACUGAGCCCAGGUGGAGAUGGGGGCUGCAAGAGCACAACACGACGGCGCGACCUAGGUGUAUUUGGGGAGUCACCCAGAGAUCCAUCUGGACGCAAGUACGGAGCCCCCAGAGCGCGAAGGAGGACGGCAGCAAGCAAGUGUCUGUGCACAGGAGUCAGGGUGGGGAAACCGUCCUCUCAACGUCACAGAAAGACAGGACUCAGUAGUAUGUAUAAGGCUAAUUUCCCCGGUUUCACGCAACUAAAAAUUGAGUUGAAAGAAGCCGGAAGAGAUUUUACCUACUUAAUAGUGGUGCUUAUUGGAAUCACCAUUACAGGUGGCUUGUUUUACACGAUCUUCAGAGAACUUUUUUCUUCAUCUAGUCCGAAUAAGAUAUAUGGGAAAGCCCUAGAAAAGUGCAGAUCACAUCCCGAGGUCAUCAGUGUCUUCGGCGAGCCCGUCAAAGGCUACGGGGAGGCCACACGGCGAGGCCGAAGGCAGCACGUUAGCUUUAUUGAAUACAUGAAAGACGGGCUGAAGCACAUGCGAGUGAAGUUCUACAUCCAGGGCUCGGAGCCUGGGAAGCAGGGAACCGUGCACCUUGAAGUGAAGGAGAACCCAGAAAGUGGUGAAUAUGAAUUUCGGUAUAUAUUUGUAGAACUUGAACCCUAUUCUAGAACUAUUGUCAUUGAAGAUAAUCGGUCCUGAGACAAUCAGAAGAACAAGCAAGCUUGUGUUUCCUGAGGAGUGUGGCAGGCUCUGAUCAUCACAGCCCUCCGCCAGCCUCUGUUUUGAAUAAAACAGGAGGGAGUAAAGCUUAUAAAAGUGAAGGCUACUGGGUCGUUGUUACAUUUAGACAAACUGAAUUAGAGAUUUUCUCGUAGAGUGAAAAAUCAUGAAAUAGAGCAUACUUUAUAUUAAAUCUUUGCAUUAAUGGUCACAGACAGAGUUUCUGCUCUACUUAACAUCUUUUAUGAUAAAUUUUUGUUAUUAAAAGUUUUACACCAUGUAAUAAAAUAAAGUUCAGUAUUCAAUGCUU